AUGUCCAUGAUAUCCCCCUCCCCCCUCACCAUCGCGGAAUCUAUCCCACGGCCGAUCCUUCCCACUAUAAGCGUUUUGGCAGACGACGGACGGCGAAAGUUGCCCGACUUACGAUUUCUACCCCCAGCUCUCUCCAACACAGCAGCAAUAAUCCACAUCUCCACCCCCCUUUCUUCCUCCUCCCUCGCCUCUGCCGCGUUUCCAAAGCUCCAGCCCGGCUACUCCCCUAAUGGCGACCUCCUCACCGCCCACGCCGGCUGCACAACGCACAGCACAUGCGACGAGUGUUACGGCAACGGCUAUGUGAUCUGCGCGGAACACUACUGUUUCGACCUCGGGAAGGGACAGCGAUGUUGCGUGGAUGGAUUUGCCUGA